CAGUGCCCGGGACCUUGCCCUCGCCAUGGCCGAGCGGCGCGGGGGCCUAGGGGCCCGCCUGGCUCGCCGCCUGGCCGGGCUGGGGGUCCGGAGGGAGCGCAAGGGGAAGCGGACCCCGGAGGAGGCCAGAUCCCGGGAUAGGCCCAGGGGUGGCCAGAGCUGCCCUGACCUGGCCCAGGGCCAGGGCAGCACCAGCAAAGUCAGCCUCAAGGCCCAAGCCCAGAGCCGCUCAGAGUUGGACCUUCGGGCAGGGAGCCUUGGCUCCUGGCUUUGGAAGCGACGACACAGCUCAGGGGGGCUGGUGGAGCCUCUGGGGCGCCUCCAGAGGCCUGCUGUAGGCAGCGUCUCUGACCUGGCCAACCAUGUCUCCAUGGGGCCAGAGAGCCUGGCACCAGCGGUGACCUCAGGAGAGCCUGCUGGAGCCAGGGGUCCCUCAGGCCCACCACUGGCGCCUGGAUGUUUGGAACAAGGACCUCCGGGCCACACCUGCCGGCAACCCCCACACUCAGCCCGGGGGUUUCCUCUGCUGCCCGAGGCACCCAGCAACCUGGAAGACAUGCUGCCCCGCCCAGUGUCCUGCCCCAGGGCAGAGGGGGCAAAGGGCGAGCCUACCAGUCCAGGGCCAGCCCUGCCAGAGCCAACCCUGCCAGAGCCAGCCCAGACCCUACGUGAGCGUCCCUCUGCCAGGAGGACCCGCUACUACCACAUCACUGUCAGCCUGCAGGGGCGUGAGCAAGCACCUGGGGAGGAGACGGAAGAGCCCAAACCGGCCCAACCAGCUCCCCACCCCUGCGGCCCUGAGGAAUCCAGGGGCUGGCAGGAGCCUCCCCAGGGGCCCCGCCCCAUCACAGGGUGCCUAGCUGACCUGCCUCAGGAACCCCAGCUCCGAGCCCCACCACAUCAGGGGAGCACGGCCCAGCGGCAGGAGCUCCGGGCCGGCCGGACGCCUGGGUCCCCGCUCAGACGCGAGCUGGACCACAGCGAGCCAAGGACACUGCAGGACGCCUUGCCGGGGCCCAACAUGGAGGAGGCCAGUGGGCCCCCGGCUGAGGCCAAGGCCCAAGUGGUGAGCACCACGUUGACAUGGCGGCAGCAGCCCCCUGCCCAGGACGAGGUCAAACACCGUUUCCACAAGGUGUCCCUGGUGUCAGGGGCCCGGUUGGAAGCCCCCUCCAAGGAGACGUUUGAGUCCAGCUAUCGUCGAGAGGAAGUCAAUGGCUUUGCUGUCUGGGAGGAAGAGACCGUGAACCACCAGGGCCCCCGGGACGGGGCUGGCUCCAAGAACUUCCAGAGCCACGGGCCCGUCUUUUCCAAGAAGUACAUACUACCCCGCAAGGAAAAAAGGCCAGUGGGAAGACUGAAGGAGGCUGCGGAGCAGGGUGACGGCAGCCCCCAGCCCCCCAGGACCGAGCCGCCGAGCGCGGGAGCCACGGCCAGGACUGAGUUUUUGGUGCCAGCGCACGGGCCCCGGGAGCCGAGCCCCCACCCGGGUGUGAGUCUCGCCAGCGGCAGCUCCAGGAGCCUGGAGGAGCGGCGGGUGACGCGCACUGUGCGGACCACCGUGAUGGUGGGAGGCCACAUGGACCGCCGGGUGACCAGCACCGUGAUCAACUCCGUGGGGCCCUCACUCUUGGGUGAGGCCCUGCCAAGGGGCCGCAGUGUUUCCCGCGCGGUGCGGGCAGUGGUGGUGAACCCCCAGACCGAGGGCUCCCCCAGUCGCAGUCAAGCCCUGGAGCUGCUAAGUAGCCUUGUACCAGCUGAGCGGACCGCCCCCACCAGCCGGCUUCCCAAGCCCCUGGCUGCUGUGCCACGGAGUCCAGGUCUGGGCAGCACAGAAGGGUCAGCCCUUAGGCAGCUGCCUGAGACAAGGACGGCAGAGCCGAAGGACAGAUCUGCUCCGGGCCCUGCGGGCUUCCUGGAGGAGGCUCACCCCACUCUGAGCCAGGAGGUCCCUGCAGCCCACCCAGACCAGGAACAGGACAGAGCCCUGGGUGCUGGGGUCCAUGAGGUCCCAAGGGUGCAGAGACCCGCCAGCCCCACCCAGUCCCCUCUCCAGACCUCUCAGGGCCACACCCCAGUACCCUCCUCUCCCAGACUCCAGACCCGAACCCUCUCCCUGAGCCUAGUUCGCCCCCCAGAGCAACCUGAAGCACCUACUCAGGCUCGGGCCCAGCUCACUCUCAAUCCCCAGGGACCCCAGGGACCCCAGGCCCUGCCCUCCAUCAAAAGAGAAGGGCUUUCAGAUCCCCCUGCGGCCACCAUCCUGCCCAUGGUGAAGACUGAGGUUGUUAUAGUCCCUGGACAAUCUCUUGCUCCAUCCUCUAUGAGAUGGAAGGCCAUCAACAGCCCGGGAGGUCUUUCUGCUCCAUCCUCCCCAAAGAAUAAGGUUGUUCAGGACUCUGAAAAAGUCCCUGUUGUUUCCCUUAUCCAGAAAGAGAUAGUACAGGGCCCUGGGGUUCCUGCUGACUCAUCUCCCAACCAGAAAGAGGUAGUGCAGGGUCCGAGUGCUCCUGCUGCCUCAGCCCCCAAACCAACCAAGGUUGCCCAGGGCCCAGAAGUCAGCCCGAUCAGCCAGAAAGAGGUCGUCUGGAGUACGGCAGGCAGCCCUGUCCCUCCCCUCCCCAAGGAAGAGGCUGCUCAAGGCCUGACAAUUCCUGCCAUCCCAUCCCCCAAACAGGAAAAGGUUGUCCAGGGGUCUGAAGAAAGCAUCGUCUCAUCUCCCACCCAAAAAGAAGUUGUCCAGGACCCUGGUGCUUCUAAUGUUCCAUCUUCCACCCAGAAAGUAGCUGUCCAGGCCCCAGCCACUCUCAUCGCUCCCUCCUCCUCAGUGGGCAGGAUAUCCUCUGGUCCAGGAGGUCCCCCAGCCCCGGUGAUGAUGGGAGCAGAGACCAGCCGGGAGUCCCAGCUUGUCCCUGAAGCCACCAAGGGCAAGACGUUCCUGGAGCCAUCAAGGGAGGAGGAGGAGGUGGCCCUGACCACUGACCUGGAGAUUUUCCUGGAUACCCUGCGGAGCAUGGAGCCUCCUGAGAUCCUGCGCACUCACCGGCUACCUCGAGCCCCCCGCUCCUCCUACCUGGCCAUGUACGCCACCCUGCCUGCCAUCGAGGAGGACCAGCCUGGGCCGUCCGUGCUGGGACCCAGCCCCCAGGAGGUGCCCACCCUGGAAGUAAAGAAGGAAGAGAAGGCACAGGAGGAGGAGGAAGAAGAGCCAGAGAACCCUUACCUGAGUGACGAUGAAAAGCUCCAGCGCAGGCAGGAGAGAGCCAGGCCGGGCCCCCCCAGGGACCCCUCCCCUGCCCGGCCUGCCCAGGUCUCUUGCUCUCCUCUGGAGAUGAUGAAGAAGCAUGUAGCAGGUGCCAAGGGCCCCCACCCAGAACCUGGGCCAGAGUGGCAGGCAGGCAGCCGGCCCACUUCCCGUCUUGGAGGCAGCCUCCUCUUUGGGGGUCUGAUGCCUGCCCUGAAGGAGGCCCCCACCUUGGAACCACUGGGCACAAAACUAUCCGCUCUGCAGCCCCACGGGGCACCGGGGCUCAAGAAGGGUCCAGGACAGCUGCCCCUGCUCUACAGUGAAAGGCCGCCUUCACAAAAGCCGGCACGUGCCUGGCCCCCGGAGGGGUGGAACCCAGCACUGAAGACCCAGGGCAAGCUGAACACGAGGCCUGGAAAGAUUGUCCUCUUCUCAGAGCCUGGCUGCCAAGGCAGCCGCAAGGAGGUCUGGGAAGAUACUGAUGAUGCUUCCGGCUGGGCCCAUGUGGCCUCCGUACGGGUGGUCCGAGGCUGCUGGGUGCUGCACGAACAGCCAGCAUUCCAGGGCCGGAAGCUGGUCCUGCCUCAAGGGGAUACAGAACUUGGAGCCCCAGGAUCAGCAUGGAGUACCCAAGGCAUUGGCUCCCUGAGGAGGGUCGUCCGGGACUACAUUACCCCAGAGAUCAGUCUGUACUCUGAGGAGGGCCUCAAAGGGGAGCGAGUGAAGCUGACUGAGGCCUUGGAGGACCCCCAGGGCCUGGAGAGGCCCCUGCAAGUGGCAUCUGCCACUGUUUCCGCAGGACUGUGGCUUCUAUACCCCAAACCCUUCUUUGAAGAUACUCCCUGCAUUCUGGAGCCUGGAGAGUACCCCACCUCAGAGGCCUGGGGAGCAUCAGACCCCAGCGUGGGCUCCCUGAAGCCCAUGAGAUUGGGCUGCCCAAGUGUGGAGAGGCCAGGGGAGCCCAAGGCUGUGGUAUAUGAGGCCCCAGGGUUUCAGGGCCGGAGCUGGGAAGUGAACAGAGACAUCUACAACCUGCAGCAGCCAGAGGAUAGCCAGAGCCCCAACUUGGCCUCUGUGGGGUCCCUGCGAGUUCUCGGGGGCUGCUGGGUGGGCUACGAGAAGGAAGGUUUCCGGGGUCACCAGUAUCUGCUGGAAGAGGGAGAAUACGCUGAUUGGUCACGUUGGGGAGGCUAUAACGAGGUGUUGACCUCCCUGCGGGUCAUCCGAACGGACUUUGGGGAUCCGGCCGUGGUGCUGUUUGAGGCCAUGGACUUCGAGGGGCCGGGCGUGGAGGUGAGCGAGGCAUUGCCAGACGUGGAGCUGGCGGGACACGGCCCCAGAACGCAGGCCAUCCACGUGCUCAGCGGCGUGUGGGUGGCGUAUCAGGAGGUGGGUUUCUCCGGGGAGCAGUACGUGCUGGAGAAGGGCGUGUACCGCAACUGCGACGACUGGGGCUCGGGCAACAGCGCCCUCGCUUCGCUGCAGCCGGUCCUUCAGGUCGGGGAGCACAAUCUGCACUUUAUCUCAAAGAUUCAGCUUUUCUCCGGCCCCGACUUCCUGGGUGACCACAUCUCUUUUGAAGAUGACCAGAGCUCUCUGCCCACCGCCUUCCAGCCCCAGUCUUGCCGAGUCCACGGCGGCAGCUGGAUCCUGUUCGAUGAGAAGAACUUUGAGGGUGAGCAGUACAUUCUGUCUGAGGGCGAGUUCCCUACUCUCACAGCCAUGGGCUGCCUGGCCUCCACAGUCCUAGGCUCUCUCCGGAAGGUGCCCCUGCACUUUUCCGAGCCGUCCAUUUUCCUGUAUGGACUGGAGUGCUUCGAGGGGAAGGAGAUUGAGCUCAGCGGGGAGGUGCGGAGUCUGCAGGCCGAGGGCUUCAACAGUCACGUGCUGUCUGUGCGGAUCAAGGGGGGCGUCUGGGUGCUUUGCGAGCACAGUGACUUCCGAGGCCGCCAGUGGCUGGUGGGCAGCUGUGAGAUCACCAACUGGCUGACAUACAGCGGGACCCAGCGGGUGGGCUCCCUCUACCCCAUCAAGCAGCGCCGGGCUUAUUUCCGCCUCUGGAAUGCGGCACUGGGGGGAUUCCUGACUGUGCCGGACCACGUGGAAGACAUGAAGGCGGGCCGCGUGGUGGUCUCUGAGCCCCGAGCUGGAGGCAGCAACAUCUGGUUCUACGAGGAUGGGCUACUGAAGAACCAGGUGGCCCCCACCAUGAGCCUGCAGGUGAUAGGCCCCCCCAGCACAGGCUCCAAGGUGGUGCUGUGGGCUGAGAGCCGCCUGCCCCGCCAGACAUGGAGCAUCAGUGAGUCGGGCCACAUCUGCAGCCAGAUGUUUGAAGGUCGGAUCCUAGAUGUGAAGGGCGGCCGGGGCUACGAUCGGGACCACGCAGUGCUGUGGGAGCUGGCCAAGGACAGGGCGUCCCAGAUCUGGACUGUCCAUGUGCUUUGAAACCUCCCUGCCACCCCCCAGCCCUGGAGGCUCUCCCUGGGAUGACAUGUUUUUAUAGGGUUUUUUGUUGUAACAUAAACUGUUUUAUACUAUGUU